AUGACCAACCCGAUGAACCCCAACACCACCAGCGCGGGCGCUGCGCCUGCGAGCGCAACCAACAAUGGCACUGCGAUCUCGAUUCCGCGCAACGACGGCAAUGGCGCCUCCAGCGCUGGGUCCAACUCGAACGCGUCGACGAACCAGUCGUUUGACCACGCGAUCUCGUACGUGACGACGAUCAAGAAGCGGUUUGCGGACGAGCCCGAGACGUACAAGGCGUUCCUUGAGAUCCUGCACACGUACCAGAAGGAGCAAGGCUCGAUCAAGCAAGUGCUCGACCAAGUGAGCUACCUCUUCCGCGACCACCCCGACUUGCUGCGCGAGUUUACGUUUUUCCUGCCGGACGCGGUCCAGGACCAAGCGCGCGACCGGCUGCACAAGGCGGCGGAGCGCGCGCAGGCGCGCCAACUCAAGCUGCAAAUGACGUCGGGCACCAAGGAACGCAAGGUCAGCAAGAAGAAGGACAAGAAGGAGUCGCCGCUGCCGGUCUCGAGCCCGAAGAAGGCCGAGAAAGCCAAAGAGAAAGACAGCGCGCGCGACCGCAACAAAGCGGCGUACGCGCUCAAGCGCAAGCAGGCCAACAAGGGCGACGUCAAGGAGCGCCGCGAGCUCCUCGCCUGUCUUCCGUCCCGCGACAAUUGGCGCGAGUUUCUCAAGUGCCUCGAGCUCUACAGCCAAGAGAUUGUCGGCCGCGACGACAUGAUCGUGCUCGUCAAGAACCUCCUCGGGCGCCACACGGACGUCGUCGCCGAGUUUACGCAGCUCCUCCACACGCACGGCGAAGUCAAGGACCAGCACGAGAUCUGGCCGUUCAUCCCGCUGGCCGAGACGGACUUGAGCCAGUGCCGGCGCGCGACGCCGAGCUACCGCGCGCUGCCGUCGAGCUACCCGAUCCCGCCGUCGUCGUCGCGCUCCAAGAUGGAACGCGCCGUGUGCAACGACGCGUGGGUGAGCGUCCCGACAGGCUCGGAAGACUUUUCGUUCAAGAACAUGCGCAAGAACCAGUACGAAGAAGCACUUUUCAAGUGCGAGGACGAGCGCUUCGAGAUCGACAUGGUCAUUGACGCCAACGCGUCGACGAUUGCAAUUCUCACGCCGCUCGCCAAGGAAAUCGAGACGCUUUCAGCCACGUCCCCGACGGGCUGGCAGUACGUGCUCGACAAGGGCGCGCUGCGGGUGACGCACCUCAACGCGAUCACGCGCAUUUAUGGCGAGGCCGGGCACCAGAUUCUGGAGCUGCUCCGCAAGCACCCGGCCGGUGCGAUUCCCGUGAUCCUCAAGCGGCUCUUGCAGAAAGAUGAAGAGUGGCGCCGCGCGCGGCAGGACCUCAACAAGCAGUGGAAGGACGUGAACGAGAAGAACUACCACAAGUCGCUCGACCACUCGUCGUUCUACUUUAAGCAAAAAGACAAGAAGGCGACGAGCGCCAAGGCCUUGCUCGCGCACGCCAAGAAGACGCUCGAGACGAAAACGGUCGAGACGCUGACGAUGCCGGCGGCCAAGAUCCACAAGGACGCGUUCGGGCUCCUCACGUACGCGGCCGAGAAGAACCUCUCGGUCUCGGAGAAGGAAAAGGUCUCGAAGCUCUGGCACGCGUUCUUUUGCCCGUUCUUCAACCUCGACGAGGCGUGGCUCCAGCGCAAGCCCGUGCUGGCCAACGUGACGGUCGACUCGACCAACGGCGUCCGCGUCGGCACCGAGGUCGUCACCGACUUUGGCGAAGGCGUCGUCCAAGCCUUUGACGCUGCGCGCAGCAUCGCGACCGUCACGCUGCCGAUCGGGACGGCGUACGUGCACAGUGACGCGCUGAGCGUCACGGAGGUCGGCGACUUUCCGCCCAACAUCCACGUGGCCGACGAGGCGGCGAACCUGGACGCGUCGUGCUCUGUGUUUUACGGCAACGACACGGCGUAUGUGUUUCUGCGGCUGUACCAGCUGCUGCACUCGCGUCUCGAGCAAGCGCGGGAGCUCUGCGAGAAGGCGAAGCGCAACCGCAACCGGCGCACGAUCAACCCGGCGGCCCGUGCGCUCGCCCACGCGCACCACAUUACGAACGAGGCGCCCGAGAUGACGGGCGACUACUCUGCGUUCCUCUCCAAGCUCUACGCGCUCCUCGACAACUCGAUCGACAACACGCGGUACGAGGACUGCUGCCGGAGCCUCAUGGGCUCGAGCUCGUACUUUUUGUUUACGCUCGACAAGCUCGUGCAGCACUUGCUCAAGCAGAUGCAGCACAUGGCCAACGACGAGACGUGCACGGAGCUCCAAGCGCUCUUCGCCAACGAGCAUGCGUCGACCGACGCGUACUUUACGCAGGCCAAGGCCCUCUACGAGCGCGACGGCGAAGGCGCGUACUGCCUCAAGUUCCACCCGGGCGUGCUCCGCCGCACGCCGCUCGAGAAGAAGGCGGAUGCGGCCGCGAGUGGUGCGUCGCACCUCUGGGCGCCGUCGCCCCGGACGAAGGCCGAGCCCAACAAGUGGCUCGUCGAGCCGACGCUGACGCUCGAAUACCUCGGCACGAUGAUCGACGGCGACGAGAACGCCAAGCAGGACGACGGCACGAACGAAGAGGACUCGUCGCCGCCCGAGACGCCGGUUGCGACGCCGGUGCCCACGAGCCCCAUCAAGACGGAAGAGGACGACGACAUGAUGGACGACGAGAGCGGCAACGAUGCCGACUCGACGGCCGGCGACGACGACGAUGACAUGGCGGACAUGGAGCCGACGACCAAGAAGCGGCCGGUGCCGACGGCCGACGAGGACGAGGACGCGGACGAGGACGCGGACGAGGACGGCGAGGCGGCGCCCAAGAAGCUCAAGACGGACGACGAGUAG